UAAACUGUCAGUCAAAUGUCAAGUAAUCAAAUCAAUCGUUUUUCAAUUUCAUAGUUGCAUACACCAAUUUUCAUUUAAAUUUAAUUUAUGUUUCACUAAAGUUAUUAUAGUUUAUUUACGACGAACGUGUAUAUAGGUCGCCUCAUAGGCUAGGUACUUGUUGGUGGCUUAUUAUGAAAUUACAUUGAUUUUCGCCCUUACACUGUGCAAUAAUUACGGGAAAAUGGAAGGGGCUACAGCGAAAAAAUCGAUAUCAUUAGAAACACUGGUCAUACAAAACAUAACCAAUAUGAAAGAGUUGAAAGCCAAGUUGAAUGAUAUCAUCAAGACAGGCAAGGACUAUGACUACGACGUCUCUUCAUGCAUCAAAUCCCUCGUAAACAGCAGCGACCCAGAGAUUGUUCUUCUGUCUGUGCAAGCCAUAGCUGAGCUCUCCAAGUGUGAAGAGAAACGGGAAAGCUAUGCACACAAAGAAACUAUUGUACCUAUACUUAAUCUUUUAAAGAAGGACAUAACGAGUGAGAGACUUGAACUAGUCAAGCAGAGCUGCAGAGCUCUGGGGAACCUGUGUUUUGAUUGUGACAACGGCAGACAAACUAUCAUUGAAUGCAAUGGGGUGCCAAUUCUAGUGGCACUGUUGCAGAAAACUAUAGAAAACUCUAUGGAAGGUUCUGAAGACAUAAAACUGUUAGUCAGUAAAAUUCUACUUAAUUUUACUAUUGGGGGGAAAGAAAUGUGUGAGUUGGUUUUGGAGAAUGGUGUUGUAGAGCUGAUCCACAGAAUUCUAGUUUCUGAGUUGAGUAAAGAUGACAUGAGUGACAGCCUGGUGACCACAGUUGUGAUGCUGCUCAGUGUUAUCAAUGACAAUCUCCAUGAGCAUCAGUUCAGUGAUGACAUAAACUCGGCAGUGCUGAGUAUAUUGAAGGAGUCUACUAAUAUUGAAAUCACUGAGCUCUGUUUGGAUCACUUGCACAUGCAAGCUGAGCAUGAUGCAGUAAAGACACUAAUAGCGGAGCAAGGCGGGGUGGAGCUGGUGUGUUCACGGCUGGAGGUGCUGGUGGGGCGGCGCGCGGUCGGGGACCUCACCACCGAGGAUGCGGAGGUGGAGGCCAUCAUGAAGCAGGCCUGCGAUCUGAUCAUCAUUGUGUUGACUGGAGACGAAGCCAUGGACCGCCUCUACGCGUCAGGCCGGGGCCCCGUGUACCGCACCGCCGUGAAAUGGCUUUCGUCCACCGACAGCCGGCUGCUCGCCGCCGCAGUGUUGGCCGUCGGGAACUUCGCACGGAAGGACCAGUACUGCAUACAGAUGAUGGAGGAGGGCAUCGCGGAUAAAUUGCUUGACAUAUUCUCCACACAUCACAACUACAGCGUGCAACAAGAGUCGUGCGCCGUGGAGCUCGGCACGGCGGUGAGGAUCCAGCACGCGGCCGCCUCCGCCAUACGGAACCUGGCCGUGCCGGAGCAGAACAAGAGGGCCGCCGCGCUACAUGGACGGGCGGCGCCGCUCCUCAUAUCUGCGUUGCCGAGCAUUCGCCCGCAACACGUGGCCUACAAGGUGCUGGCUGCCGUCAGGCUGCUCGUUGCAGGACAAGACUCAGUGGCCCGCCUCGUAGCUAGCGACCCGGCAGCCCUCUCAGCCAUCAGCGGGUGGGGCGCGGCGGAGUACGCGGGCGCGGCGGGCGAGGCGCCCCGCCUGCUCGCCGCCUGCGUCAAGCAACUGCGCGCCGGCCGCCAGCUCGGGAACUUCGUGCAGGUGGAAGGCUGCAUAGCGUGCAUAGUGAACAUGCUAGUUGCGUCUCACUCACUCAUGCAGAACGAGGCCAUCGUCGCUCUCACUCUACUCGCCAUCGAAUCACUCAAGCCAAAAACACCAACCACGCCAGACUUCGACUACGAAACGAGCUUUAUCUCCCAGCUAGUAAAGUCGGAAAUCGGUAAGCACGUGUCCGUACUUAUGGGUACUAACUGUGCGAAAAUGCCAGUGGAAGUUGCAGAAAAUUUGCUAGCGUUUCUAGAUAUAACUUCGAAGAAAGGCGAUAUAGCUUCGGAUUAUAAAGAAGCUAAAGUGGAUGAGUCGCUAAAGAAGUUUCUGGAUACACGAAACGAUUUGAGUGAUAACUUGAAGACAGUUAUUGCGGAUGUCAUGUCAACGAUAGCCAACUAUGGUGCAGAAUAGGGUUAUAUACCGUUCUAAAUCAAAGCUCAUAAUCGUAUAAUCAUGAUUUGAAUAAGAUUACAAAUCUUAAAUUCAUCAAUGUUAUUUUUAUAGUAUUUUCUGGUACAAAGAAAAUGUUAUUCCUGACUUCUAUUCAUGGGUCGAAUGCCUAAAAUGUAUUAUUUGAUAAAGAUAUCUAAUGGUUAUGAAGUAUAAUGCAAGGGUUUAUUUAACAGUGAUCUAUACUAAUAUUAUAAGCUUCAAUUGUAUUUCUAGUUUAGGUUUUAUUAAUAUACCUACUUCUAGUCAUAGUUUCAGUAAGUAGUUCUUACUAUUGGCAAAGUUUUUUCCCAGCUUUUUCUAGUAUUUAAUUAAUACUAAAUAUAAACUUACAUUCCGAUCUCUGCUAAGAAUAUUCCUGUAAUCAUGCAAGUCACUCGACUUUCACUUAUAAAAGCAUAUUUUUUAUAUAAGUAUACUUAUUUUUAACUGUAAUUGCUAUUUAUAAUUAAUCUAAGCUUAACUAAUAAAAUUUCUUCUUCAGCAAAAUUUAUAAGCAGAGUAAUCUAGGUGAAGAAUGGAAUUGCGCCUUGUGAAAGUCAUGCUUCUAGACGUCACGUGACGCGAAUCCUAAUUAAUUCGUUUUUUUAUCUAUCUUGAUGAUGGGUUGUGUGUGCUAUCAAUGAUUAAUAAAAGAGUCACAGCUAAAACUACUGUAUCUUCUCUAUAUAUACUUAUUGUAGACAUUUCAAUACAAAAAUACACAGCAAUACGAUAAAUACUCAAAAGUACAACGUAAAGAUAGCUUUGUUGUUAGUAUUAAAGAAUAUAAUCUAAGAUCCUACUGCAUUAUUAAAACUACGAACUAAUUCCACGACUAAGCUGAUUCCAAUAGUGCACUUAUAAGAAUUUACCAUCGCUUUAUUUAGCGUAAGUCAAUUUUGUUGUAAGGUUAUAUGAGCUGUAAAAAAUAUACAUAACAUGUUUUAUUUUUACAUGAUUUACGUGUCAAAGUUUUGGUGUAAUUUAAUUUAGUGAUAAUUUUGGUUGUAAACGGUAUGCCAAAAUGUUGGUUGACAUACUGUGAAGCCAUAAUUUCCCCUCGUCAAUUAUUUUGGCAUAUCGUGGCAUAUUGUGCUAUAAUAGUUAUCUAAUAAGUGAGAACGAAUCCCAAGAGUAUUGUGGAGUCACAUAAUGUAAAGUUUAUUACUGUUAUUGCACUAUUUUAAUGUAGUUUUUAUGGACCAAAUUUACUCUAGUUAUAUUUAGUGCAAAGUUUGCGAGAUGUUCAAGCACUAGUGCAAUGGUUAGACCUUUAGGUUACUUAGAAGGCCUAAGAUGAUCACGUGAUUUCACUGUUACAUUUUACCUUACGUUAUUAAUACGAUGCGUAGAUUUAUAUAGACUUGCCAUAAUGACGACAAAUUUUAGAAAUAGAUACCCAGGUAAAUCAGUUUAAAGGCUGCCUUAUUUAUUAUUCAGGAUAUCAAGUUGUUGCGGUACCGUUUAGAUUGAGGAGGUGGUCAGUAUAUUAAAUGAACUAGAUAACUUAAAACACGGCACACGCUAACUCAGUCGGCAGCGAACAAUUAGCUUACUAAGAACGCAGCAUAAAAUAUUGCCUAUUUGGAGAUUGUUGAAUAUUUUAUCUAUAGAUCGACUAUAAUACGAAUAGAAUUCUUUUGAACCAUAAACAUAAGGUAGCGUCUAAUAAAGGAGCGUUGUUUUGGACAGUUGAGAUGCUUUAGCGAUGAUAUCGAAAGUUCAUAUUUUCUUUAUACUUACAAGUAUCAAAUAUAAAAUUCGGAAAACGUACCUAGUUACAAUUUAUGGACUCACAUCACAUUUAGUAUAUGUACUUAAGUAUUGAAAUAAUUAACAUUUUCAACUGAACGUGACAGCCUUAAUUCUUUACUUAUGCAUUGAAUUAAUAAAAAGCAUUGUUAAUAGUUUUAUUGCUAAAAUAAAUCAAUUUAUUCUGAA